AUGGCCAGGAAGGUGGCACUGCUCCUGUGGGCACAGACCCUCGGCCUCGCUGGUGCCCAGAUGUCCCAGCUCCUCCUGGAGCCCCCUUGGAGGCCACCGGUGCUGUGGGACCAGGUGACACUGACCUGCCAGGGCUCGGGGACCACUGGUGACACCACCUGGUACAAGGACGGGCAGCGCUGGGGGCAGCAGGGAUGCGACCAUGUCACUGUCACCGAGAGUGGCAGCUACACAUGUCACAGACUCGACACUGGGCUCAGCCCCCCCAUGAGAGUCUCAAACGACAAUCUGGUGCUGCAGGUGCCAGCGCGGGCGCUGCUGGAGGGGGACACGGUGACACUGCGCUGCCGGGGCUGGCAGAACAACACUGUCACCUCGGUGUCCUUCUACCGCGACGGGAAGGAACAGGGCGGGCUGCGCGAUGGCACCGAGCUGUCCCUGUACCCUCUGCAGCUGAGCCACAGCGGCCGCUACCGCUGCGAGGGCCGGGUGAGCAAUGUGUCACAUUGGAGCGUGUCGAAGUGGGUGACAGUGACAGUGCACAGGGUCCCGCUCUCAGGGGUGUCCCUGUCAGCGCAGCCCCCUGGGGGACAGGUGGCACUCGGGGACAGCCUGAUGCUGAGCUGUGAGGUGGCCACGGGGACAGGUCCCCGGUCCUUCUCCUGGCACCGGGAGGGCUCAGGGGCACUGCUGGGCACCGGCCCCCGCCUGGAACUGCAGCACGUUGGGGACAAUGACAGCGGCCAGUACCGGUGCCGGGUCAGCGACGGGGACAGCGUGGCCGAGAGUGACCCCCUGAAAGUCACCGUCCUGGUGCCCGUGGCCAAUGCCACCAUCACCCCCAGUCCCCUGGCACACCAGGUGCGCCCAGGUGACAACGUCACCCUGCACUGCUCAGUGCAGGUGGGCUCAGCCCCUGUCACCUUCACCUGGCUGCACAAUGGGCAGGAGGUGGCCUGGGGUCCCCUCCUGGAGCUCAGGGACAUCGAUGUGGGACAUUCGGGCACCUACCAGUGCGUGGCCACCAACCAGCUGGGACAGGACGGGCACCGCGUGUUCCGGGCACUCAGUGCUGAGCUGGCCCUGUUGGGGACCCCUGGCUCACCCUGGGUCACAGCAGUGGCUGUGAAUGUCGGCAGGACCCUCCUGUUCCUGCUCCUGCUCCUGGCUGUCAUCGGGGGCUGUCACUGGUGGCACCGCCGGGGUGGCCACCUGGAAGCUCCAGGACAGGACCCCCCAGAGGAGGGGGCAGUGCUGGACCCCCACGUGUGGGCACCGAGUGGGCAGUGGGAGAAUUCAGAGGGGACAAGGACAGGUCACCCAUGGGUGUCACUACCCACCCACGUCCCCACAACUGGUGUCACUCUCACAGUCCCCACGGGUGUCCCCUGUCCCUGCCCCACCUCGUGAUCCACAGGUGACCAACGUGGAGCUGUCAGGACCCCACGAGGGACAGCGGGCCCCGUGACUACGAUGACGUGCUGUGACACUGGGGACACUGUGGGGCACUGGGGACACUGGAGGGCACUGGGGGCACUGGGGGGUACUGGGGACACUGGGGGUCCCUGCCCCAGGGCACCCCCUGUCUGCCCCCCCUGGGGUUGCCUACGAGUGGGGGGUCCCUUGUGGGGCUGCCCAGAGCUCCUCGUUCCAGUGCUCCCAGUGCUCCCAGUACCCCCAGGGGCUCCUCAUUACCCCCCAGUGCCAGGGGGCACAGGACCCUUGUCCCUGAUAUUGAACCCAAACUGCAGAUUUGUGAUUAAACUGGGAGAAAUGGUUUUUGUUUGUUCAUCUCCGUCUGGUGAGCUCGGGAUUGAGGAGGGUCCUGAUCAGGUUGUUGAGCAGAUCCUUGUGGGAUUUGCGGGAUUUUUGGGGCUCCCUCUGUCCCUUGAGAGUCACCACACGGCACCGCCGCAAACAGCGCCCCCUGCCUGUUCCCAGGGAAACCGCGCCCCCUGUUUCCAUGACAACACACACCCCGUUCUCAUAGCAACAGCAUCCCAUCUCCAUGGCAACCGUACCCCGUUCUUAUAUCAGCAGACCCUUGUCCCCACACCCUAA